GGACUAGAAGUGGGUUACAUUUGUGUCAGUCUUCUCCAGGUGAGACAGGUAAGAUGACAGAACAAGUGGGCACUGGUUGCUAUAGCAACCCAGCGCUUGACCUAGUAGAUGAUUUGUCCUUCGCCAAUACAAAGGGUUGGCAUGACAACCCCAUGGUUGGCCACACAGACCAUGUUACCAACCCGGCUGUUAAAGAGGCGGACAUCCCAUUCAGUCACCAAGAGCAGCAAAAGUCGUUUAAGGGUCAUUCUGAAGCAGGUCAGCUCCCUAGGGGUCAGCAAGAUCUUAACCAGCUGCCCAACACAAGUAUUUUCCGCGCCACGAGCAAGCUGACCGUGACCUUGUGUGUGCUGGUGACCGAGAUGUUGGAGAGGCUGAGCUUCUACUCGGUGAGCGCCAACAUGCUACUCUACUGCACCAGUCAGCUGGGGAUGAGCACGGUGGACGCCACAGCCGUCAGUUUACUCUUUAAUGCCGUCCUGUUGAUCCAGGCGUCAUCGAUACACUUCGAUCUGUGGUUUGAUCAGGAGUUGUCUCAGACAGGCAAAAGUGUCGUUUAUCUUUUGGGCAUUUUCCUGCUGACCUUGGGAACGGGCGGGGUCAAGGCCAACAUUAGCCCCUUUGGCGCAGAGCAACUGGAAAGUCUGGGCGAUGGUGCGGUCCGAUCGUUCUUCAACUGGUACUACUGGGUGAUCAACAUCGGCGCCCUCGUGGCCUACUCGGGCGUGGCCUACAUCCAGCAGAACGUGAGCUUCACGUGGGGGCUUGUGCCAGCCCUGGUCAGCGCGGCCCUCCAGAUCCCAAUCUUCACGGCCCCGAGAAAACUUUACACCUGCACCAGGCCCCAGGGUAGUGUGUUGACCACAGCAAUGAAAGUUAUACGACAAGCUGGCUGUUGUAAGCCCACGCCUGCCACACGUCCGGAUCUUUCCGAAGGCUCGGAGUGUCGUCUGUUUGCCCGGGCGAAGAAAAGCUUUGGCGGGACGUUUGAUGACGUCACUGUGGAUGGAAUGGCUGACGUCAUAGCCGUGACGCCAUUUGCCCUGCUUGUCAUCAUGUACUACGCCGUAUACUCACAGACCACCAGCUCUUUCUUCGUCCAGUCCGAGCGAAUGGACGUGCGUGUGGGGGGUGGCAAGAUCCCAGCUGCCAUGCUCAACAUCGUGGGUAACAUCGUCAUCAUCAUCCUGAUCCCCCUCAUCGAUAGACUCGUCUACCCCUUCAUGACGAGGAUUGGCUUACCACUGACCCAUUUGAAGCGAAUAGGUAUUGGCAUGGUCCUGUCCAUCCUAGCUGUGCUGGUGUCCGGGGUGGUCGAGGUCUACAGGAAGGACGUCAUGCACGGGGGGUCACAUGUCCAGACGCUGGCCAAUGAAAACUUCACAGCCUCGUCGCUGUCGGUGUUGACGCAGGUCCCGCAGUUUGCGCUGAUAGGGGCUAGCGAGAUCUUCACUAGCGUCACGUGCCUAGAGUUCGCCUACGCCCAGGCACCGGCCAGUCUCCAGGGACUCCUGACAGGCUUGUUUCUGGCAGCGUGGGGGAUGGGGAACUUACUGUCUAUGGCCAUUAUACUGGUGGUCAAGGAGGUCACUAGGUUCGACCCCUGGUACGGUGACGAAAUCAACUCGGUGAAAAUGGAAAAUUUGAUGUUUUUCUUGGCUGGAUUAAUGGCCGCCAACUUCCUCAUCUUCUGCGCAGUCGCAAAGUUUUUCAAAUAUAGAAACUCUCCUGCUAGCUUGACUGAAUCAGAGAGCUUAAGCUCCGUCACUGAGAGCUUAAGUACCGUCACCGAGAGGUUAAGCUCUGUCAGAGCUAUCCCUGAUGACGACUCACAGAUCAUAUCAGAAGGGGAAACCAAAGACCGACAUGGGGAGUUACCUUACAGCACAUACCUGUGA